GGUCGACCUGCGACGUCAUUCACACUUGGGUCAUUUCCCGCCCCAAUUGUGCAUUUAGAGUUUCGUGGGGGCUUGCUGCUAUCCGAACGCCUCUUUAUUCUCCUUUUCGCCGGACCCCGAGCUUGUGCUUCUCUUCAGCUACGAGGCCACUGCACUGGCAGUUCGCCACGUCUGGCGUCUAGCGUCUAGCGCGUUCGAACUCAACAUGCCGCCUCGCAAACGUGCCACCGACGACAGCGGGUGUACGCCCCCCGCCAAAGCCCUGCGUCUCACGUUUUCGCAGCCCUCACCUCCUUCGCAACCGUCCACUUCUUCACAGCCGUCAACUUCUUCGCAGCCGCCAAGCUAUUCGCAGCCCACAACCGCCGAGCGAGAGGCAUUCCAGAAUCCUCCCCUUAGUCCUCCCGAGCAAGCUGAGCUUAUCGCCCUCACCCAGGCUGACGAUGAGCCGCUCACUCAAACUGACGAUGAACAGCUGGAGCUCUACGGUGGCUUUGCCUCAAAAAUUGUCGGUGUGAGAUACUACAAUGGUGUCGUGACGAUUGGCGAGGUCGUUGUUUCCAAGCGAGAGCCCUCCAACCAAUACGACGAAAAUGCCAUUCGCAUCGACAAUGUGUUUGGCAGGCAAGUCGGUCACAUUCCCCGCAAUGUCGCGUCCAAGCUUGCUCCAUACAUGGACGCUGGAGACAUUGACAUUGAGGUUGUCGUCAGCGGGCCUAAAGAAUACUAUGAGUGCCCAGUCCAGAUCAACAUCUACGGGACGAGCCACCCCGCGCGUCGCCUUGCUUUGGAGGACCGUCUCAAGAAAGACAGGCUGCUCAAGGCCACCCAGUUGAAGACUACCCGGAAGCAGAAUGAGCUACAGCGUCAGGCUGCCGAGAAUGAGCUGCGCCGUCAAUAUUCGGAGAAUGAACGGCGUCCAUCUAUGGGUUUGAAGAGCGACAGGUCUGCCGUGGGAUUGCCCGUUCCGGCUCCGGCUCCGGCGCCGGAAACCACUCUAGAGGACCUCACCAAGGCCAGUCAGUCCGUGAAUGUUCGGCCAACUGGUGGAGGUUUUGUCCAGACGCUGGCCUUAAGCGAGGAGCAGCUCUCACAAAUGCCCCUAGCUGAGCAACCCAAGUCCAUCAAGGCCAAAUUGCUGCCAUAUCAGCUCCAAGGUCUUGCUUGGCUGACCGCGAAGGAAAACUCAACCUUCCCGCAACCUGGCUCCCCAGACUCGGUACAGCUUUGGAAACGCGAUGCCAAGGGUAACUACAACAAUCUUGGCACCAACAUCACCGUUGCAACGCCCCCUUCUCUUCUUUCAGGAGGAAUCCUGGCCGAUGAUAUGGGUUUAGGCAAGACUCUGCAAAUCAUCAGUCUGAUCAUGACUGGAGGGCCCGGAAUCACGCUUAUUGUGGCGCCUGUGAGCGUAAUAAGCAACUGGGAGCAACAGAUUCAGCGCCAUGUCCACGAGAAGGACGCCCCCAAGGUUCUUAUCCAUCACGGCACGACCAGGCAGACCACUGCCAAGGCAUUAAAGGAGUACGGUGUUGUCAUUACAAGCUAUGGUACCUUGGCUAGCGAGGCUUCUGGCAAAGGGCCGCUUUCUCAGAUUGAGUGGCGCCGGAUUGUUCUCGAUGAAGGUCACACCAUUCGCAACGCCAAGACCAAGGCUGCUUUGGCCGCCUGCCAGCUCAAGGCGCAGUCACGAUGGGUUCUGACGGGAACCCCCAUCAUCAACAACAUCCGAGAUCUGCAUUCUCUGCUUAGAUUCCUCCGCAUCACUGGUGGUAUCGAGCAACCAGAAGUGUUCAACAUGGUGAUUGGUAGACCUCUAGCGCUUAAGCAGCGUCGCGCCGUGUCUCUUCUUCAGCACCUUAUGAACGAUCUUUGUCUCCGUCGUCUCAAGGACAUGAAUUUUGUGGACCUCAAGCUUCCGGCCAAGACCGAGUACAUCCACCGUAUCACCUUCUGGGAGGAUGAGAAGAAGAAAUAUGACGCUUUGCUUUCUGAAGCGCAGGGCGCGCUGAGGGAUUUCCAGAGCCGCAAGAAAGGGCCUGGUGCCGAGAAGAAUAGAUUCCAGAGUGUGCUUGAGAGACUUUUGCGUCUUCGCCAAACGUGUGUGUUCUCGUCUGUUUGUAUUGUGACUUUCGCACUAACAUGCCACAGCUGCAAUCACUGGACACUGUGCAAGGAUCGCAUCACCGACCUUCUUCAGCUCCUCGAAGACAACGAUGUCGUGCCACUCAACGCCAAGAACCGCGCCCUUUUGCAGCAGGCCCUCCAGUUGUUCAUAGAAAGCCAAGAGGAGUGUCCUGUUUGCUUCGAGGCCAUGAAGAGCCCGGCCAUCACUCACUGCAAGCAUGCUUUCUGUCGGCCUUGCAUUUCCAAGGUGAUUGAAAUCCAGGGCAAGUGCCCUAUGUGUCGGGCUAGCCUGUCCGAAGACAACUUGGUUGAGCCCGCACCUGAAAAGGGCAUCGAAGAAAUGGAGGUGGACAACCUCGACCGUGAGACCAAGAGCUCCAAAACCGAAGCCUUGCUCAAGAUUUUGCAAGCUACCCUGAAGAAGGAGGGGUCAAAAGUCAUCAUCUUCAGCCAGUGGACCUCCUUCCUCAAUGUCAUCCAGCGUCAGCUUGACGAGGCUGGGUACACCUACACUCGUAUUGACGGCAGCAUGAACGCCACCAAACGUGACGUGGCUAUCAAGGCUCUUGACGAGGACCCCAACACAAGGAUCAUGCUGGCUAGUUUGGCGGUUUGCAGUGUGGGAUUGAACUUGGUGUCUGCUGAUACUGUCGUUUUGGCAGAUAGCUGGUGGGCGCCUGCGAUUGAGGAUCAGGCGGUGGAUCGUGUGCAUCGGUUGGGGCAGACGCGGGAGACGACGGUGUGGAGGUUGGUGAUGGAGGGGACGGUGGAGGAGAGGGUGCUGGACAUCCAGGCGGAGAAGAGGGAGUUGGUGGGGAAGGCGUUUCAGGAAAGGGAGAAGAAGGGGGAGAAGAGGAAGGAGACGAGGAUGGCGGACGUGAUGAAGUUGCUUUCUUGAGGGGUGAGGGGACUUGGUGUUUGUUAUGAGGUGCUAGUGUUGCUAGAUACCUGUGGGGGGACAUUAUGGUUUGUUAAUGGGGGUAUGUUGGGCAAGAUAUCCUGUGUGUUUUAUGGGUGGUAUUUAUGGUCGGCGGGUUGUUUGCUAGAGGUUAAUGCGGGUAGAAGGAUACUGGGUGGUGUGUAUAGUUGGUUGUAGUCUUUGCCAAGAUUUAGCUUUCUGUUUAGCUGGUAGGCAUGUAAUUUUUUCUUUUUCGGUACAUAACUUAUCUCUGCCAUAGCUUUGUAGCUACUAGUGCCUGUUAGCUUGACAGAGCAUUGUGUGUUGUACAACUCAUCAUUCUUCA